UCAGUCUGAGCGGCACUGGAAAACGGAACAAUCAAACCCUAUAAAUCAGUUCGACAUAGCCGACGAGUAGCCUCGACGGCCGACAAGCUGAUACCGGCGACGGUGACGGUGCAGUAAUCCCUCCACUCUCCCGCUCUCUCUGCCGCCGGUAAGCUGCUGCCGGUCACGGUGACGUUGACGGGGGCCGAAGCCGGACAAUGGAGCACACUUCUUUCGGGGACCAGCGGAACGCGACGUUUUCCCUCACCGAAGAGGAUCACACUCUCGCUAAUGCCCUCAGGUUCACCUUGAAUCAAGAUCCAAGGGCUCUCUUCUGUGGUUAUAGCAUUCCUCAUCCUUCGGAAGCUCGAGUUAAUGUCAGGGUCCAGACUACAGGUGAACCAGCAAGGGAGGUGUUGAAAGAUGCUUGCCAAGAUCUCAUGUUGAUGUGCCAGACCGUAAGGAGCACAUUUGACAAAGCCGUUGCUGAUUUUAAGAAGAAUCCUUGAGGGAGUUAAUAUCGGAAUCAUUCAUCAUAGAGUAUCUUUGAACCACCAAUUUUGAUUAAAUAGUUAGACCUGUUAUGUAACAUUUGGCUCGGGUUAUUUUAUCGUUCAUACUUCGCUCACCACAAGAUCCUUACUCAAAGCACAGGCCAUGGUGCGUGCCAUGGACUUGGUGAAUGCAAAAACAUGGACUUGGUGAAUGCAAAACGCAGAUUAGAUGAA